CGCAUAUCUAAGGACACAACCACGCAUUGACACGACUACAAGACUCAAACAACGGUAAUGUGUUUUCCUCUUUUUUUCCUCAGUUCCCUCCGCUUUCUCCUUCGUGACGGUGUGCCUGGCAAGCUCUAACCUAAUCAGCCUGUUUUCGCCCAGAUCUUCAAUCCACCUGCAUCCAAACAUGAGUUCCCAAGCCGACAAUACCGAGAUCGAACGCCUCUUUGAAGACUCGUGGAGCUUAAGCUGGUAUGCCCGCUACAGAUGCGCGCGGAGCAACGUUGCAGGCGCCUUCAUAGGGCCCUCUGUUCCCGUCGAGAUCGUUGACCUUUGGAAACGUCGCGACUGGCUGGACCUACUCCAUGGAACCGGUGGAGUUCCGGCCGAAAAUACCUAUCGCAGCAUCAUUGAGGCCUUGAAGAGCAUGCCCAAGGUGGAGAAGGACGUAACGAACAACCUGUGUGGAUGGGUCCCUAUGGAAGCAAUGCCAUUGUACGACAGGCCGGAUGGGCCGUGUUGGCGCGCCACACGCGCUUGCAACGUACUACACAAGGAUGUUCGCGAAUUUAUAUACGAGAACUUGAGUGGCCUCUACGUCAGUCCGUACGCUACUGCAGCUGGGGCCGGCGCCGACACACUGAAGGACGAGCCUGCCGUCACAAUCGUUCCGGUUGCCGAAGAGCAGUAGAUCCCGCCGCGUCAACCUCUUUCUCGCUCAAGCGAACAUCCAGCCCACCAUCUACGGCCUAGCUGCCAAGCUAGCGAAGGUCAACGAGCGGACAACAGUCAACACCGACUCCAAGCAGUGGGAGCAGCUGUCAAGCUUUGACU